AUGCCUGUCGCGCCCGUCAUUGCCCUGUCCCACGGGGGAGGCCCGCUCCCCGUCCUCGACGACCCCGAACACAAGUCCAUCAUCUACUCGCUCAAGAACCGCGUGCCCAAGAUCCUCGGCCUCGGCACGCCGUCGCAGCCCCGCGCCAUCGUCCUCGUCACGGCGCACUGGACGACGGGCGACGCCAACAUCUCGUCGGGCAAGACGCACGAGCUGGUCUACGACUACUACAACUUCCCCCCCGUCGCCUACACCUUCAAGUACCCGGCGCCGGGAGAGCCCGACGUGGCGCGCAGCGUCAAGGCGGCCUUUGACGCCGAGGGCCUGCCGGCGGAGCUCAACGGCGAGCGCGGCUGGGACCACGGCCUGUACAUCCCCAUGAUGCUCGUCCACCCCGAGGCCGACAUCCCCAUGGUCCAGGUCUCGGUGCUCCAGUCGGAGGAUCCCGAGACGCACCUGCGCAUGGGCGCCGCCCUGUCCCGCCUGCGCGCCGACAACAUCGCCGUCGUCGGCUCCGGCUUCGCCUCGUUCCACAACCUCGCCACCAUGAGGGCCCUGCGCACCGUCUCGGCCGACCAGCGCGCCGCCUUCAAGGCCGAGUCGGACGUCUGGAACGCGGCGCUGGCCAAGGCCGUCACGGCCAAGGACAAGAGCGCGCGCUGGCAGGGCCUCAAGGCCUGGCGGCAGAUGCCGCAUGCCGACAAGAUGCACCCGCCCAACGGCGGCGAGCACUUCAUGCCCCUGAUUGUGUGCACGGGGGCCGCGGGCGACGACGAGGAGGCCAAGACGUACAAGGACACGUACCUGGGCGUCGACAUAUAUACCUUUUACUGGGGAGGCGAGCAGGUCGGCUGA